AGAGCUCUGCACUAAACUUUAUAGCACGAGCUGGGGCAAUUCACAGAGCUGGCAAGAAUUUGAUCGCUUUUGUGAGUAUAAUGCAGUUGAAGUUUCCAUGUUGACCUGUUUAGCAGAUGUACGAGAACCUUGUCAGCUGGGCUGUAGAAAUCUUACUUACUGCACUAAUUUUAAUAACAGACCAACAGAACUUUUUAGGAGCUGCAAUACCCAGUCAGACCAGGGAGCCAUGAAUGACAUGAAGCUAUGGGAAAAAGGGAGUAUUAAGAUGCCAUUUAUAAAUAUUCCUGUACUCGAUAUUAAAAAAUGCCAACCAGAAAUGUGGAAGGCAAUUGCCUGCUCGCUGCAGAUUAAACCUUGCCACAGCAAAUCUAGAGGAAGUAUUAUCUGCAAAUCAGAUUGUGUGGAAAUACUGAAGAAAUGUGGAGACCAUAAUAAAUUCCCUGAAGGCCACUCAGCUGAAAGUAUUUGUGAGCUCUUAUCUCCAACAGAUGACUUGGAGAACUGUAUCCCUUUGGAUACAUAUCUGAGUCCAAGUUCUUUAGGUAAUAUUGUAGAAGAUGUUACACAUCCAUGUAAUCCGAAUCCUUGUGCAGCCAAUCAGUUAUGUGAAGUAAAUAGAAAAGGAUGUCAAUCUGGAGAACUGUGUCUUCCAUAUUUAUGUGUGCCAGGUUGCAAACUGGGAGAAGCCUCAGAUUUUAUUGUCCGUCAAGGUACGCUGAUUCAGGUUCCAUCCUCAGCUGGCGACGUUGGUUGUUAUAAGAUCUGUACCUGCGGACACAGUGGAUUACUAGAAAAUUGCAUGGAAAUGCGUUGUGUUGACCUCCAAAAAUCAUGCAUUGUUGGAGGACAAAGAAAAAGCCAUGGCACAUCCUUUAAUAUCGAUUGUAACGUCUGUUCAUGUUUUUCUGGAAACCUGAUAUGUUCUACUCGCCAGUGUCUAACUGAGCAUAGUUCAGAAGAUGAACGUCGGAAGUUUACAGGUUUACCUUGUAACUGCGUAGAUCAGUUUGUACCAGUGUGUGGUCAAAACGGACGGACGUAUCCAAGCGCGUGCAUAGCUCGUUGUGUUGGGCUCCAGGAUAAUCAAUUUGAAUUUGGAUCGUGCAUUUCCAAGGAUCCUUGUAACCCUAACCCCUGUAAUAAAAACCAGAGGUGCAUACCAAAGAAACAAGUUUGCUUGACUAGUUUUGGAAAGUUCGAAUGUAGCCAGCAUGAGUGCGUGCCACGGCAGUUAAAUUGUGACCAGACACGAGAUCCUGUUUGUGACAUAGACAAUGUGGAAUACAGUAACUUGUGUACUUUGUACCAAAAAGGAAAAAGUUUAGCAUACCGAGGACCGUGCCAGCCGUUUUGCAAAUCGGUGGAACCUGUUUGCGGACACAACGGGGAAACCUACAGCAGCGUCUGUGCCGCCUACUCGGACCGCGUGGCUGUCGACUACGCGGGGCCCUGUCAGGCUGUGGGGGUUCUCUCUGACUACGGCUUCCACACCGAGUGCGCCUUCGUUAAAUGUCCCCAGCUCGCUGCCACUGGCUGCAAACCCGUUAUUGCACCAGGAGCCUGCUGUCCGCUGUGUGCUGGAAUGCUGAGAAUCUUAUACGACAAAGACAAGCUGGAUACUUUUGCAAGGGUUACAAAUAAAAAGCCCAUCACAGUACUUGACAUACUUGAAAAAAUCCGGCUGCACGUCUCGGUGCCACAGUGCGAUGUGUUUGGAUACCUGAGCAUAGAGUCCGAAAUUGUGAUUCUCAUCAUCCCCGUGGAUCAGAACCCCAAACCACUGCAGAUUGAAGCCUGCAAUAAAGAAGCAGAAAAGAUAGAGUCACUGAUAAAUUCAGACAGCCCAACGUUAGCAUCGCAUGUGCCGCUGUCGGCUCUAAUCGCAUCUCGAGUGCAAGUGUCCUUCAGCAUUUCCUCUCCUUCUGUUACGGUGCUGCCUGUUCUGCACUCCCUGGGCAUCAGCCUUUUAUUCACCUUGUCAGGAUUCAUAUAUUCCAUGUAA